AUGGCAGGAGAACAACGCUUUGCAAUCAGUGCUCGACUUAUCGGAGCCGUCCACAGGGACACACCAAAACUAAAGAUGUUCAUGAUAUCUGUCUUAUGGUCUGAUGAGACUGAAGUUAUUGUCUACAGGUCCUUCCAAGAUUUCAAGAAAUUCCAUAGGGAGCUGAAAAAGAGGUUUCCUCACAUGAACCCUUUGAAGAAAAAGGACAGAGUGAUCCCCAAAUUUAAUGGGCAGGCCAGGAGGAGCAGCCUCCAGCAGAAAGGAUCCAAGCGAUCCAUCCAACGCAUGAAGUUCCUGGAGAGCUACUGCGACAAGCUGCUAAAGUGCGAGCAAACUGUGACUCAGAGCUCACAGGUCACACAGUUCUUCAUGCCCAAAGACCAGGACCUGCAGCCAGACUUCACCAAGAACAGCGUCAUGAUCCUGCUGUCUGAUGAUCUGCCCGAUGGCUCAGGAGGAGGGGAUGUGACCCGCCUGCAGGGGAGCGGCAUCACUCACCCGUUUGUCACCCAGACUUACCGCUGCGUGGCUGCUUACGAGACAAAGGACACCAAGAAUCGUCCGUUUAAGGUCGCUGUGGACGAGAAGCUGGACGUGCUGAUCAAAGAUCCUGCAGGUUGGUGGCUGGUGGAGAACGAGAAUAACGUUUUGGCUUGGUUUCCUGCUCCCUACCUGGAGUUAUGUGAAGGAGAGGACGAUGAGGACGCUGGAUUCCAGCUUGCAGGUGCCCUGUACUGUGCCGUGAGGAGUUUCUCCUCUAAGAAGGAGGACGAGGUGUCUGUGCCCAUCGGCUCUGUGGUGGAGGUGCUGAGGAAGUCUGACAACGGCUGGUGGCUCAUCAGAUUCAAUGGCAAGGGAGGUUACGUCCCCUCCAUGAACCUCCAGCCGUACAACAACCCGCGAGCGGGCCUUUUCAGCCUGCAGAGGAAGCUGCACAGCUCCACUCUGAACCUGGCAACCAGCAGGGACCCUCAGGCUUCUCAUCCAACCAGCAUCAACCAAGACAUUUCAGCAGCUCAGUCCAGAGGAGAGCCCAGUGUGCCCGGGCGUCUCCACAAGGCCCGCUCUCUAGACAUCCUCUCUGAGACCUGGUCCCAGACACAGGUGGAGAGGGAGGCCUCAGCCUCAGACGGCCGCGCACGCAGCAUGAGCAACACGAGCACCGAGAGCUUCUCCGGCUUCUCCACAGGCAGCGAAUCCUCCUCCAGCUUAAGAGAGAGUCCUGCAGCCUCGCCCCAGCCCAGUGUCAGCGGGAGCCCUGAUCUCAGCCUCUCCGACCGCCGCGACUCCAACAUCAGCUCUGACAGCUCUGGAUCUGUCAGCUCCAAAGGCAGUGAGACCACCUCAAUCGCUCCCAGAGUGCCCCCCAGACCCAGAACAGAGGAGAUCCUGACCCGCUGCACCACCAUGACCCGCAAGGCAGCCCUGGCCACCAAGACCCGGCUUCAGGUUCAGCCAGAGUCCAGCCACAGCCGCUAA